UAUAAAAAUCAAGCAUCUCUAAGGAUAAGGUGCAGUUGAUCUGUUUAAAAGUUUAGAAAGUUACUGUUUAGGGUUUUUUCUUUCUUUUUUUCAAACAGAUUCCCUCUGAAGCUUAACUGUCAUCAUGAACCUGUGGCUCAGCACUCUACUCUUUGCGUCGCUGCUUCUGAGCAGCUCAGCUCUGACACCUGAAGAAUGCCAGCCACUGGUCUCACCCAUCUCAUUGGCCGACCCAUCAGUGUUGUAUGGAGAGAAGGUUUUCCUUGCAGGCUAUGCAGAUCAUGACUUUUAUAAAUCGUUGCUGAAGCUGACUGACAGUUCCUGGACAAACCUUACAGCGUCGCCAGCAGGAAACAAUGAGAUUGUCAUGAAUCAGAGGAACAGGAUGAAUGGAACAUGCAUUAAAUAUUCCUCAACUGCGAAGAUAGAAGGAAACACCUUGAUAACCUCAAAACUUAAUAUGACAUCUGAGUUUCAAGUGCUGCCAAGCUGUGAUGGCUGUAUGGUCAUAAACAUAAACAUCACUUCUAAAAACUUAAAAAGGGCCCUUGAAGUCAUGAAAAUGAGCUACACGGACAUGCCUGACGAACUCAACGCUCACGCUUUGUACAUUUUAGGCAGGAGACAGACCCUGACGGAUUCUGAGCUAGAACAUUUUAAGAAGCAGGCGAGCUGCCUCGGAUUCUCCGGAGAACUAGACUUUCACUACAAUCCUGAGAAAGGUUUUUGCAAAGAAGAUGAGGGCAUCACUCUUCCACCUACUCUGUAGAUUCGAGGCCAUCCAACUACAGCUAAUUUACUGAAUUUCGAAAAUUUGUUUUAAUAAAAAGGAGCUUUAGAAAAAAUUCUGACAAAAUGUAAAGCUAAUCAAAUAUAGAACCUUUGUGUGAUUGUGUUACACCACCCACAACCAACACGAUACCACAAUACCUGUCACAUUCCCAUAUC